UUCUCUUCAAUACUCAUUUUCCUCUUCUAAGUUCUGAGCCAUCCUUUAUAUAUGUCCUAUCUCUCUACCCUUCAUUUUUACAUGCAUUUCACAUGAAGAGGGAGAGAAAGAAACAGAAACUGGAGGUCAAGGAGGAGAGGAAAAUGGAGGAGGUGGUGGUGGAGAAAAAUGAUGCAUUGGCUGCAGCAGCGAUGGUAGCUGCAGCUGCGGCGGUGGAGGAGGAAGAAUUGUGGGGGAUGAGGCUCAAGGAUGGAUACGUUGUGGUCGACGAGCUGCUGACAUGGAGCACCGUGAUGCCUUCAUGUUGGGACGUGGAGUUUGUUGAGAAAAAUUAUGGAGUAUUGUUCGAAGAUGUUGUCUGGGAGGAUGAUCUUUGGAAUUUGCACACUUCCACUUAGCUCCAUCCACCUUUAGAUAACAUUAGACAAGAUUGAACUCGGGAGAUUCAAGGUUUUUCAAUCGAUUUGGUUGUUUUAGUAUGAACCAUAUUGUUGUAUUUGUUUUGGUAUGGUUUUUAAUCAAAGUCUUUGAUCAUCUUUUUAAAAAAGAAAAGAAAAUACCCUUAAUUCGAGGACUUUUAUAAAACCAAGUUGGUUUUGAGUUUGUUUUUUUCUUGGUAUAGCAUAAGUUUUUGGGUUUUUUUUUUUCUAUUAAGAACCGGUACUAAGUUUGUUUGUGGGUUUUGGAUCGAUUAAGAAAAAAAAGAACAUACAUUAUGUACCCUGUUGAAUCGGUUGC